ACGCAAGGCGGGCGCGCGCCGUAUCUCUGGAGGGGGUGACUCCCCCGGCCCCUUGUUUCCGGGAGUUUCUGCAUCCCAGAGUGCGUAGCUGAGUCACCUUCUCCGAUAGCGCUUGGGACGCACCCUGCGGGCCAGGGCUCGUGAGUCCCACGCUACGCGUCCCCUGGCGCCGCGAGGGGAGCCCCCAAGGGUGGGAACCAGGCCGACCCACUGGGUCCUCGGGGUGAGAAGACGCCAUGUAGGCUAACUGGCUCUGCGCUGCUCCCGCAGCCCGCUCUUCUCGAUGGGACAAAGCGAUGAGCAAAGGAGGGGUGUGUGGGGCCGGUGGGUGCGGGUGUGGGCGCGUGAGCCCCCUGCAGCCGGGCCCGGCCCGUCUCAGCCCCCUUCGGGGUUAUUUUUCUAACCCUUGCCCUACUUGGUCAGGUCACCAAGUGGGCCUCGACAACUUCUUUCUCGUAGUUUCCGCAUAUCACCUUCCAGGGAUUUAUCUCCAGUUGGUCGCAGACACGGUUCAGGUCACUUGCCGUGAAAAUGCAGCGCGCUUGCGCGCAGGCACACACACACACACACACACACACACACACACACACACACCCACCGCGUCCCAGUUCGCCUCCACUUUUCCCGCGGAGUCAGCGGGAGGGGCUGGGGCGACAGGACCACGCCCUCCGUGCUUACCUCUGCAAUACCAGCGGGGACCCCUAAGCUGGUCCACCCUGCCAGACUCCUCUUCAGCGGACCAGAUCGCCCGCUGCAGGCAGCUUCUCCGGUUCAGAUCUGGAUGCCGCAGGGAAUGACGCGGGUGUCCUCAGCGCCCCAGCUCCGGGCGGGGAGAGUGAGCCCCACAACCGGCCCCGAGACGUCCUCCUGCGCGGCACCGAUAAGCAGCUGAAGGCAGGAUCCGCCGUGCCGGUGGGCAGCGCCCAGACAGCGCCUGGUCUCCUCUGGCAGCGGGAACCGCGGGACGAGGCCAUGGAUUCAGUGCGCGACCGCGCCCGGGGCGCGCUUCCGCGGCCCUGCCGCGUCCUGGUGUUACUGAACCCGCGCAGCGGCAAGGGCAAAGCGCUGCAGCAGUUCCAGAGACUCGUGCAACCCCUUCUGGCCGAAGCCGAAGUCUCCUUCAAGCUGAUGGUUACUGAGCGACCGAACCACGCGCGGGAGCUGGUGCGGGUGGAGGAUCUGUGCCUCUGGGACGCUCUGGUGAUCAUGGCUGGGGACGGGCUGAUACACGAGGUGGUGAACGGACUCAUGGACCGGCCUGACUGGGAGACUGCCAUCCAGAAGCCCCUGUGCAGCCUCCCGGGAGGCUCUGGAAAUGGGCUGGCAGCUUCCUUGAAUCACUAUGCUGGCUAUGAGCAGGUGACUGAUGAAGAUCUCCUGACCAACUGCACACAGCUGCUCUGCCGGCGGCUCCUAGCGCCCAUGAACCUUCUGUCCCUGCAUGGGGCCUCGGGGAUUCGCCUCUUCUCUGUGCUUGGCCUGGCCUGGGGCUUGGUGGCUGAUGUGGAUGUGGAGAGUGAGAAGUACCGGUUCCUGGGGGAGAAGCGCUUCACGGUGGGCACUGUCAUUCGCCUGGUGAACCUGCGCACCUACCGGGGCCAGCUAGCCUACCUCCCUGUAGGAAGCGCCAUCUCCAGUAAGACACCCACAGCCCCUGUGCCGCUGCAGGGGGGCCCGGUAGACUCACACCUCGUUCCCCUGGAGGAGCCUGUGCCCUCUCACUGGACUGUGGUGCCUGAGCGGGACUUUGUGCUGGUGCUGGCCCUGAUGCACACGCACAUGGGCAGCACGAUGUUCACAGCACCCAUGGGCCAGCGUGCAGCUGGUGUCAUGCACCUGUUCUAUGUGCAUGCGGGCAUAUCGAGGGCCAUGCUGUUGCGCCUCUUCCUGGCCAUGAAAGAUGGCAAGCACAUGGAGUGUGACUGCCCAUACCUGGUGUAUGUGCCCGUAGUCGCCUUUCGCCUAGAGUGCAAGGGUGGGCAGGGUGUGUUUUCUGUGGAUGGGGAGUUACUGACUACUGAGGCUGUGCAGGGCCAGGUGCAACCUGACUAUCUCUGGAUGGUCAGUAGUGGCAGGGAGCCCUCACCCACCCAGGAACCCCAGCAGAAGCCAUUCCACCAGAAGCCCCUAUGAUCCCAUGGGCCCUGCAGUGCCUUUGUCUACCGUGUACAGGCUGAGCUGGACCCUCCCCACCCUGAGUGGAAGGGCCUGUCCACAACUCACGUGGGGGUGAUGGGGACUCUUCUAAAGAAGGGUGAGAGGGUGAUAGAGGCCAUGCUCUGGGAGGAGCAGAGGCCAGAAUGGAGCCCUGGGCCAAGCACCCCACUGAUUAGGCUAGCUGCUUGCAGAAGACAAUCACAUUUGUUCUGGGAGCCCUCAACUAGGAAUAAAUUCAGAUAAAGUGA